GCGACGAUGGCGGCGCUUCUUCGACAGGGGGCGAGGAGGAUCGGUGGCUCUGUGCUCCAGCGAACCCAGGCGGCGGUCACAUCACCGGCGGUUGCUGAGGAGCGACGCCUGCUCGUGCCAAGGCGCAUGCUCAGUAGUCAUCCCGAAGAGGAUGAAUUCAAGGACCUAAAGCCGAUACACCAGGUUUUAUGGGAAUUGAUAGUGAAUUUUCCGGCAAGAAAAAUCAUUACCCUUAUGGCAGGGACAAGUCUGGUUGUUAUGAUAGCCACUGAUGGAAGCGAAGUGAAGGUGGCUGAGAAGAAGCAAGAGCGAGUGAAGGGGUGAGAGAAGAAGCAGAGCAAGUGAACGGGGCAGAGAAGAAGCAAGACGUUUUUUUAAUGUAUGAAUGUUACCCAGCACUAUAUAUCGUCACUGUUCUGAGGAUGUUUAUGAGAUGGUAGCUACAACCUGAGUAUCACUGAUGAACUGCUAUAUGAGUAUCACCGAUGAACUGCUAUAUGUGCUAUCUUGUGUGACAUGGUAUGUUGUCACAUAUAAUUGACGAGUUGUGUGUUGGUCUCC